AUGCCUGUGCCAGACAACUUCGAAGAGGAGCAUGCCGCCCUCAUCUACAACGAGAAGCUUCCGCUGUCACCAAAGGAUGCUGCGGCGGCAGGGUACGUCUGCAAACACGCCGGCUGUGCAUUCAAUUCGAGGACCGAGUUCUCCGACGGACACCACCCGGAUUUCGGGACUGUCGUAAAAUGUCCAGGCUGCGAUAGCAUAUUCUCGACGGCGGGCCUCCCAAUCGCACCCGAAACCCUGGAAGGCGUACGGAGCCUGUUGGCUCGUCCGGAAUUUAAGAUGGUGCCAACCCUGGGCCCCUCGUUUUGGGAAACGUACACAUGCACCCAACGCACCAGGGUGUGCUUGUGGCGAAAGGAGGUUGGUUUGGCUGUCGAGAAUCGGCUCCGGGCUAUUAGGCACUGCCUGGAACAAACUGCACACCCCCGGGCUCUUCGUUUGGGAAACCCACCGCCUCAAAUCGUUCGCGCGUGUUCCGAUCUUCGGAACAAAAGGGGAGGGAGGCAGAGGUAG